CACAGCCUCACCGACGCCUUUGCCACUCGCCUCAGCUACCACCAUAAACACGCCCCGCCUCCUCCUCCUCCUUCACACAUCACUCAGCGUUUGUCCCACGGUGUGCAGGCUGCCCGGCACCACCCCAAUGUGAGGUCCAGGCAGGAGCAUGGGGUGUGUGCCCAGCAAGCCGGACAUCAACGACCGCCACGCCAACAUCUUCCAGGUGGUCACUUUAGAUGAGAUGGGCCAUCGCCUUAGCCCAGCCAAGCUGGAGGUGACAGAGUCCGACCUUGUACUGUAUCAGCGGGGCAAGGCGGCCACUCACUGGCCCCUCCGUGGUCUCCGCCGCUAUGGCUUUGAUGCUGAACUGUUCAGAUUUGAGAGUGGGCGACGCUGUCCCACUGGGCCAGGCGUCUACUCCUUCAAGUGUCGGCGGGCAGAGGCGCUGUUCAACAUGCUGCAGCUGCAGAUUCAGAACAUCACAGAGGAUGCAGGCUCUCGGGACAUGGGGAUGGUGGUACCCAUGCCGCCCGCUGUGCCUUCCGUGUCCACCCAGGGGAUACUGGUGCCCCAUGAGGACCCUGCACCAGGGAAUCAUGACUUUGAGGGCUACUUGGAGCCCCUCCCACAGCGCCUUCCCCACUCCCGAAUCCCCAAUAACGUGGGGCCCUCCCACGGGGCAAGCAACAUUGGAGUGGGUGGGACUGUUACUCCUGUUACUCCAGAUGUGGGUUAUGGGACAAGCAUGUACAGGCCGGUGGUGGCCAUACCCUCACCUGUCUCACCUCCUACUCCUUUGGGCCACCCUCCACCACCAUUGUACGACAACAGCUACGAUGGACUGGUUGGGGCAGAGGACCCCCCACCUACCCCUGUGCAUGACACCAGGGACUCACUCUCCACUCCAACCUGUAAUAAUCACUUUGACUUGUCCAGCUGUCCAUCCUGGCCCCUGACACACCCAGGGCGCCGGCCCCGUGCCCACCUCCCUACACCCUGCCCGCCCAACCAAGUGUACGUCAACGUGAUUCCAGAUAGCAGACACGUGUACGUCAACAUGGAGCAGAAAGAACCAUCGGGGGUGCCGAUGGUGCCGCCGCGCCAGCCAACAGCGCCAGGCUCUGGUUCCUCCCACUCGGGUACUACCACCACCACAGACACUGACCCUCAUGCACAAAUUCACUACAUCAUUCUACAGAUAAACCGUGGCUCUGACUCCUCCAUGGUGGCUCAAACCAGUCCUUCUGGGUCUGGCUCACCCCAGGGUGUGUGCAAAGGAGGUUACACCCAGAUAGACUUUGAUAAGACACAGGCAUUGAAUGAAGCUAAGAAGGCGGUCAGUGGGCGGGAGGACGGCUCACGGAAGACUAGGCACAACUCCACCUUCAGUGCGGCUACUCCCACCAACCUUGCCCACCAUAACUCUUCCUUCUCGGACUGAGGCCACACAAGUUAGGUGGCGUGGUUUUGUUCUGGUCUGUGGUGCCAAAGAAAUAGGUUUCGUGCUGUACAUAGUGCCGUGAUACCCAGCCGUUGCAAACUUGGCCCAGUAAAUAUAUAUAUAUGACAGUGACAGAUGCGCCGCCUCAGUGACGAGCCUGAAUUUUUGUGUAGCAGUGUUUAUAUAUACAUCUUUUUUAACCUACCAAAGUGCCCCUCUAGAAGACAAGCUGCCCCACCCCACCCCACCCUGCCCCGCCCCAGCUUGCCUUGCUGAUAUGCUUCACAACCUCACCACUGAUCUGUGUGAUGAUAAAAGAAAAGUUGUAAGGGGCUUUUGUGUGAUAUAGUGAGUUAGCCAAGUGGUGUGAUGAGUGUGGUGAAGGGUGUGGUGUGAUGACUGUGGUGUGGUAGAGGGUGUGUAGUGUGUUGUAUAGUGAGUGUGAUGAAAUGAAAGAGCAAAAUAGAUGCGAGAAAAGACUUGCCACAAUGAUCUGUUCUGUACACAGUGAGAUGGAGAAACUUUUAUGGCUGUACAGAUUUAUCAUAUGAUGAUAUGUUUUGAUUUCAUUUAGUUAUGUCAAGUAAUGCCUACAAUACAAAAGUAAUGGUUCAGUCAAUUUCAAGUUAAUUUUAUUAACUGGAACUUCUAUUGGUUGUGGUAAGAGCAUUUAUAAUUAUUUACAGUUAGCUAGUCAUCCAGAUAUGUUGCUGUUUUAGGAAAAGUGAGGAUGUUCCUCAUCCCAAGAUUUUAGCAAGACAGGAAAUCUCUUCUCAGAUGCUUUACAUAAUCAAAUUAUUCAUAAAAUAAGAAAGAAUGAAAAUAUUAGCUAUUUGUAUAUUUUCCAGAUACUCAUAAAGGAUCACUGCUCAAAUGCAUCUAUCAGCAAAAUACCAGAUUAUAUAUUACCUAAGGAAAAAAUUGUCAUUGUUAUUUUAUUUAUUACUAUCAUUAUCUUUAGGAGUGACCCAGUUUCUUCCCAGCUUGUGUUCUUCCGGGGCCUGUAGGGGUGGGGCGGGCAGGGCCAUGGACUAAGGGUGCUCUCGGUCUGAGAUUUUAAGAGGGUGAGGCUCAUCUCCACCCAGUACUGGGGGGCUGGGGCUGGCCUAAGUGGGUGUGGCAAUGUGGCUUGGGUCAGAAUCUGGAUGAGUAGUCAUGAGUGGAUGGCUAGAGGUAGAGUAUCAAUUGGUUGGAAGCAUUGGCUAGUAACUGGAUAACUGAAUUGUGAUGAUGUGCUGAAUGGACGGACGUUAAAAAAUAAAAGUAUUAUGAAAUCAUCAUGAUGGACAUGUGGGUGGAGGGAUGAAAGAAAGACAUGGAUGUUGGAUGAAAAGUGGAUAAUGGAACUGAAGUAAGAAUAAGAGAAAGGUGAUAAGACUUAUAUAACCUAAACAGCGAAAUUUUUUUAGCUCUUCUGGGAUUACAAGGGGGCACUAUCUCUCCUGCAGAAUGGCACUUGGGUCACAAGUUGCAGCCUCCACCACUGUGCCACCUGGCCCCAGUGUUAACAGGACAGUGACUAUUGGUGGGCAGACUGGUGGUGCACUGCCCAGAAGAUAGAGUGCAUUUUUCCUAGAUCCAUACGGCAGGGGAAGGGAGGAAGUGGGAGUACUAUGAAGCCAAAGCAUGGGAUGACAAUUUUUGGGAAGUGGUACUAGUGAGCUGGUCUGGUUGGUGGAGAAAAUCAAGAUAGUGGGUAAGGAUGGUGGGUGGGUGGGUGGGACAGCCACACCCACUCCAGGGCAGCACCACCACCCAGCAGGGAGUGAAGGGGCUGUCUGCAUGGUUCUCACAGCCGUAAAGACAGCAAAAUGGAUUAUAACAAAUUGUAAAGUUUUUAUGGAACACGUAGCAUAGAUUUGCACAAUUUGUGUAAAAAUGCUUUGUGACCCACGCCCGGCCAAGGAUGGGGGGGUGGGGUGGCCGGGCAGGGCAAGUUUGUAUCAUAUACCCAAAACUAACCGAAGAUAAUAAAAUUUGCAUUGUUUAUUUGACUAGAUUUUGACUAGAAUAUAAAAUGUUAUUAAAA